AUUGGGGAAACGAAGGAGACAUCAGCUCAGCACGGACACCCCAAGGCAGCCCAAGGAGCUGCCCAGGGGGCUCCUCCAACACACCCCAGACCCGGGCUGGCCAGAAUGAAGUGUUCCCGUCCCAGGUGGCCCAACAAGGGCCUUGUUCUGGCUGUGGGUGCCUUCACUCUCCUGCUUCUCUUCAGUCUGCAUGUGUCACCACCCACCUGCGCAGUCCCUGAGAAGCCCCCAGGUACCCCUGAGACUCUGACCUGGACCUCCCCGCCUGCCCGUCCACCCCCGACCCCAUGCCAUGCCAACACCUCUAUGGCCGACCUCCCAGACUUCGCCCAGCAGCCCCAGCACAUCCGCAACUUCCUGCUGUACAGACACUGCCGCAACUUCCCGCAGCUGCAGGAUGUGCCCCUGGAGAAGUGCUCGCAGCCCGUCUUCCUGCUGCUGGCGAUCAAGUCCUCACCCAGCAACUACGAGCGCAGGGAGCUGCUGCGGCGCACGUGGGGCCGUGAGCGCAGCGUGCAGGGCCUGCAGCUGCGCCGCCUCUUCCUGGUUGGCACCGACCCCAGCCCACAUGAGGCCCGCAAGGUCAACCGGCUGCUAGCGCUGGAGGCACGGACGCACCGUGACAUCUUGCAGUGGGACUUCCACGACUCCUUCUUCAACCUCACGCUCAAGCAGGUGCUGUUCCUACAGUGGCAGGAGACGAGGUGUACCAACGCCAGCUUCGUGCUCAAUGGGGACGAUGAUGUCUUUGCACACACAGAAAACAUGGUCUCCUACCUGCAGGGCCAUGACCCCGACCGCCAUCUCUUCGUGGGGCACCUGAUCCAAAAUGUGGGCCCCAUCCGGAUUUCAUACAGCAAGUACUAUGUGCCGACGGUGGUGACCCAGGAGGAGAAAUACCCUCCCUACUGUGGUGGAGGUGGCUUCCUGCUGUCCCGUUUCACGGCCACUGCCCUGCGCCGGGCUGCCCGUGUCCUGGACCUUUUCCCCAUUGACGACGUGUUCCUGGGCAUGUGCCUGAAGCUGGAGGGACUGAAGCCCGGCUCGCACAGUGGCAUCCGCACGGCCGGCGUGCACGCGCCCUCUGCACGCUUGUCUUCCUUCGACCCUUGCUUCUACCGGGAGCUGCUGCUGGUGCACCGCUUCCUGCCCUAUGAGAUGCUGCUCAUGUGGGAUGCGCUGAGCCAGGCUGACCUCAGCUGCGGCAAACGGACGCAGGUCUACUGAGGCAGUGUUAAGUCCCCAGCAUCUGGCUUCUAUCUCCACCCCCAUAGAGAGGGGCAGCACCUUCCUUCUAGGACGUUGAGACCUUUGUCCUCUUAAGGAGGCUGGGCAUAGGGGAGUGCCAGGAAAGGUUGGAUGAGAGGAUAUCCUGGCUGGUGAACUCCUACACAUCCUUCAAAACCCAGCAGGUACUGCUCAGACCAUGCUCCAGCGUCGUCUCUGGACUCUUGCCUGGAGAAACCCCUGGAAAAUAUCCCUUUCCGUAGUGGCUAGUGGCAGAAGCACCUCUGCAAGGUGGACACAUCUGUCCGAUUUGGGUCCCACUUCCAGGCCCUGACCUUAGUCACAGACUGGACCCUAAGCAGUGGCCAGCCUCUCCUUGCUAGUGAGCCUACAAUGCUUUAAUGGUGGAUGAGUUCCAGACAUGGUUCAAGGAACUCCUGUGUCCACGUGUAGCUGAAGUGAGACAUAUUUUUCAGCCCAGGAAAGGUCUCCUGUUCUGGAUUCCUCAAAUGGUGGCAGGGGCCAGAGAGGCCAUGGAACGGGACUGCCCUGUCCUGCCUGUGGUAUCAAGUGCUCUAAUGGUGGAAGUGUGGGGCAGAGGAGGGAGGCACCUUAAGGCUGUCGGAGCCCAGAGUUUCUUGAGUCCCUGGGAGGACUCCAUACCUGCACUCCCCAAGAAUUCAGGGAACGGCAUUGGGACUGGAGGGUCUUCAGUGGGCCCAAAGCCAACAGGCACACACCCCAGGCUCAGAGAAGAGGGAACUUUGGGUUCUCAGGUGGCCCCCACCCCAGCGUGUUUCACAGAUCGUGAGGUCCAAGCGAGCCAGUGACCCCCUGCAGCCUCCAGCCUCAGGCAGGCGCCCAGGACUCAGGCUUCACAGGCAUUGUGGUGGGGGGAGUCUGGGGAGUGGAUCACUGGGGAAUAAAAAGUUUUGUGAAGACA